ACGGGGGGGUGAAAACGGCUAAAUACUUCGAAUUGAACUUGAAGUAGUGAGAUGGAAGAUCAACAAACUUAUGGGAAAAUUGAAGGGCAGCCUCUUGUUUCUAUCUGUAGUAUCUUCGUUGUUAGAACAUUUGAUUGCAGGUGAUACCAUAACUCCAGCUCACUCCAUCAAUGACAGCCAGACGAUCGUUUCUCCAGGCCAGAAGUUUGAACUAGGCUUCUUUAAGAUUGGGAAUCCUAGUGGUCGAUAUUUAGGGAUAUGGUACAAGAAUCUUCCGAUUCGGACGUAUGUUUGGGUCGGAAACAGAGAAUUCCCACUUAUAAAUUCUUCCGGGUUGUUAAAACUCGGUGACGAUGGAAGACUGGCCGUUGUCAAUGAAUCAGGGAGUGUUAUCUGGUCCUCGAAUUCAUCCCGGACGGCUAAAAUGCCAGUUGCGCAGCUGUUGGAUACUGGAAAUUUUGUUGUGAAAGAUGCGGGGGAUGACAAUGAUGAGAGCUACAUAUGGCAAAGCUUUGACUAUCCAUCCGAUACAUUGUUACCAGGCAUGAAACUAGGAUGGAACAAGAAAACUGGUCUGAACCGAUACCUGACAUCAUGGAAAAGGUCGGAUGAUCCUUCUCUUGGAGAAUAUACUUAUAGUGUGGAUCCUCGUGGACUUCCUCAACUUGUUCUUCGAAGGGGAUCGGUUGAGCUGUUCAGAAGUGGACCAUGGUAUGGAACACAAUUCAGUGGUGUUCCAGUUUUGAAGGUAAACCCAGUUUUUACUCCGGUAUUUGUCUCCAAUGCUGAUGAAGUGUACUAUUCAUAUAAUAUAACAGCCAAUAUCCCAUCAAGGUUUAUGUUAAGUCAAUCUGGCUCAGUUCAGCACCUUUCCUGGAACGAUCGCCACUCUAAUUGGUAUCUCCUAUUCACAGUUCAAGAAGAUAGAUGUGAUAAUUAUGGCUUGUGUGGUAGCUAUGGUAUCUGCAACAUUAACAAGUCUCCCAAUUGUGACUGCUUGAAGGGUUUUAAGCCCAAAUUAUCCAAAGAUUGGGAAGUUCUCGAUUGGGCAGGUGGAUGUGUACGAGAGGAUCCACGUAUAUGCCAUGAAGGAGAGGGGUUUGUGAAAUUUACAGGGUUGAAACUGCCAGAUGCAUCUCAGUUUCGGGUGAAUGUAAGUAUGAAGAUUGAAGAUUGCGAGGCAGAGUGCCUGAAGAAUUGUUCUUGUGCUGCUUAUGCUAAGUUUGACAUUAGAGGCACAGGGAACGGCUGUGUAACCUGGUAUGGAGAACUAAUUGAUAUUAGAGAAGUCCCUGAUUAUGGACAAGAUCUUUAUAUAAGAAUGUCAGCUUCUGCACUUGCGUUACAUGCUGAUACAAGGAACAAGAGGAAGAAUGUAAUAAUUGCAACAUGUAUAUCAGUGGCUUCAGCAAUGAUCAUCUUGGCUUUGAUUGGCUGGUUUGUGAUCUGGAAGCGAAAGAUAAUUAGAGCUAACCAGCCAGAAAAUCAAGUGACCAUUAGCAAAGUUGAAAGUCAGGAGGACCUUGAACUCCCCUUAUUCGAAUUUGCCACUGUUCAAGCUGCUACUGACAACUUUUCUGCUGCAAAUAAGAUUGGAGAAGGUGGAUUUGGACCAGUAUACAAGGGUGAGCUACAGUCCGGGCAAGAAGUAGCUGUGAAGAGACUUGCAGAGAAUUCAGGGCAGGGCCUUCAGGAGUUCAAAAAUGAGGUCAUUUUGAUCUCCAAACUUCAACAUAGAAAUCUGGUCAAGCUUCUAGGUUGUUGCAUUGAAAGGGAAGAGAGAACGUUAAUCUAUGAGUACAUGCCAAAUAGAAGUUUAGACUCCUUAAUCUUUGAUGAAACAAGGAGACCUUCACUUGACUGGAGAAGAAGACAUGACAUCAUUGUUGGAAUAGCUCGUGGGCUUCUUUACCUUCAUAGAGAUUCAAGACUGAGAAUCAUCCACAGGGACCUCAAGGCCAGCAAUGUUCUCUUAGACAACGAGAUGAAUCCCAAAAUUUCAGACUUCGGAAUGGCAAGAAUGUUUGGUGCAGAUCAAACUGAAGCAAAUACAAAGAGGGUGGUUGGAACCUAUGGGUAUAUGCCUCCAGAGUAUGCAAUUGAUGGAAACUUCUCUUUGAAAUCCGAUGUCUUCAGCUUGGGUGUUAUACUGUUGGAGAUAGUGAGCGGAAAGAAGAACCGGGGUUUCUUCCAUCCUGACCACAAACUCAACCUCCUUGGGCAUGCAUGGAAAUUGUGGAAUGAGGAGAAGGCCUUGGAAUUUAUGGACGAAUUGAUGGAACAAGAGUAUCCUGAACAUGAAGCAAGAAGAUGCAUACAGGUGGGGCUCCUUUGUGUCCAGCAGAGGCCAGAAGAUAGGCCAGUAAUGCAAACUGUGCUAUUGAUGCUAGAUAGCGAGAGCAUGUCAUUACCUCAACCUGGAAGACCUGGGUUUUAUGCAGAGAGGAGCCUUUCAGAGACAGAGUCAUCAUCCCUUGGAAAACUAAUUUCGAAUGAGAUGACUGUCACCCUAUUAGAGGGUCUUUUUGAGUCAGUGGACCUUUUCUACCUGUGCAAGAUAGACGCCAAGUUGCCUCAAUUUCAUCAGCGUAUUUUCUCAAAAUUACUUGAAAUUGUAAACCUUACCAGAAAGGAUAAAGAUGUUACUGGAGAACUAACAAGCAAGCACAUGGGAAUAUUGAACCGGAGCUUAAAAAGGGUCCCGAGAACUUUUCCAAUUAUGAAACAACGGGCAAUGUCAAAGUGUCACAGUGAACCAGCCAUGAAUCCUGUUGAAUGGCUUGUCAGAAUACUGCUUCUUUUCUUUCUUUCUCAUCUCUCCUUUUCUACUGACACCAUAACAAUAGAUCACUUCAUUAAAGAUGGCGAGGUCAUAGUUUCUGGUGGCAAGAUUUUUGCACUCGGAUUUUUCAGCCCUGGAAGUUCCAGUAAUCGAUAUGUUGGCAUCUGGUAUAAUCAGGUUUCAGAGAAGACCGUUGUUUGGGUGGCAAACAGAGAGAAGCCUAUAAAUGAUAGCUCAGGGAUCCUUUCAAUCGACAGUCGAGGAAAUCUUGCCCUGUUCUGGAGAAACCAAACACAUCCUGUCUGGUCUACAAACGUCUCCAUCACAGGCACCGGGAAUUCUAUUGCGCAGCUUUUAGAUUCAGGAAAUCUUGUCUUGCUUCAGAAUGAUAGCAGAAGGGCGGUGCUGUGGCAGAGUUUUGAUUAUCCCACAAAUACAAUGCUUCCAUUCAUGAAACUUGGAUUGAGUUUCAAAACUGGUCUGAACCGAUUCCUGACGUGUUGGAAGUCACCGGAUGAUCCAGGAAUUGGAGACUUUUCCUACAAAAUCGACCCCAGCGGGUUUCCUCAAUUGUCUUUGUACAAGGGUUCGGCUCUUUGGUGGCGAACCGGGACAUGGACCGGGCAAAGAUGGAGUGGUGUACCUGAAAUGACAAGAAACUACAUAUUUAAUGUUUCCUUCGUUAACACUGACGAUGAAGUAUCAAUCACGUACGGGGUGACUAACGCCUCUAUCAUCACAAGAAUGAUAACCAAUGAAACGGGAAUUCAAGAAAGAUUUACAUGGAGUAAUCAAGCGCAUAAAUGGAUUGGAUUUUGGUCAGCCCCAAAGGAGCAGUGUGAUUUGUACGGCCAUUGUGGGCCAAACGGUUACUGUAACCCAGAUAACUCAGAGCGUUUCGAGUGCAAUUGUUUUCCCGGAUUCAAGCCCAAGUCACCCCAAGAAUGGUAUAUACGAAAUGGGGCAGGAGGAUGCGUGAGGAAGGGUAAUGUCUCGGCCACGUGUCGAAAUGGAGAAGGGUUCGUGAAGGUGGCACGUGUCAAGGUGCCCGACACUUCGGCGGCACGUGUAGACAUGAGUUUGGGAUUGAAACGCUGCGAGGAGAAGUGCUUGAGAGAUUGUUCUUGCGUGGCUUUUGCUAGUGCAUACCAUGAGAGCAAGGGAGGGAUUGGCUGCUUGACAUGGCACGGGGAUUUGGUUGAUGCAAGAACAUAUACAGCUGCGGGACAAGAUCUUUACAUACGAGUGGAUGCAGAUGAGUUGGCUCGCUACACAAAGAAAGGUCCACUUCAAAAGAAGGGAGUACUUGCAGUCAUCAUAGUUUCUGCUGCUGUAGUGUCUCUCAUUGUCGUGGCCUUUUUGUCCUGGUUGGUGAGAAGGAAAAGAAGAGGAAAAAGAAGACAAAGCAAAAAUACCUUUAGCUUUGCUAGAAGUUCAUCACUGUUCGAAGACUCUGCAGAUGGAAAGGAUACUGACGAGAGCAGUCGAAGAGCAGACUUACCAUUCUUCGAUUUGAGCACCAUAGCUGCAGCCACAAAUAAUUUCUCUUCCGAUAAUAAACUUGGACAAGGUGGUUUCGGCACUGUUUACAAGGGUGUGCUCUUCAAUGGAAAAGAAAUAGCAGUGAAAAGACUAUCAAAGCACUCAGGACAGGGAGUUGAAGAGUUUAAGAAUGAAAUUGUGCUAAUCGCGAAACUUCAGCACAGGAAUCUUGUAAGGAUCCUGGGUUGUUGCAUUGAGGGUGAAGAGAAGAUGUUAAUCUAUGAAUACUUACCAAACAAAGGCUUGGAUUCUAUUAUAUUUGAUGAAACGAAAAGGUCAUCGUUGGACUGGAAAAAGCGAAUCGAAAUAAUUUGCGGGGUUGCUCGAGGAAUAUUGUAUCUCCAUCAGGAUUCAAGGUUGAGAAUCAUUCAUAGAGAUCUGAAGGCCAGCAAUGUCUUACUAGAUGCUGCAAUGAACCCAAAAAUUUCAGAUUUUGGCAUGGCCAGAAUAUUUGGAGGAGACCAAAUUGAAGGAAAUACGAAUCGCGUAGUUGGAACAUAUGGUUACAUGUCCCCAGAAUAUGCAAUGGAAGGACACUUUUCGAUGAAGUCUGAUGUAUACAGCUUUGGAGUCCUGCUGUUAGAGAUCAUAACCGGCAGAAAGAACAGCGGUGACUAUCCCGAUAGCCCGUCUUCAAAUCUAGUCGGGCAUGUUUGGGAAUUAUGGAAACAGGACAGAGCCAUGGAGGUCAUCGAUUCCACAUUAGGUGAUUCAUAUCCUGCUAGUGAAUUCUUGAAAUGCAUUCAAAUUGGUUUGCUGUGCGUGCAAGAACAUGCAACAGAUCGACCCACUAUAUCAACUGUUGUGUUUAUGUUGGGUAAUGAAACGGUUCUUGCUCCACCGAAACAACCAGCAUUCAUCAUGAAGAAAGGCCGCAAAGGGGACGAGACAUGGAGUAGCGAAGGCACAAGCUCUGUAAAUGAUGUGACAGUCACCAUGGUUCAAGCUCGUUAG